UGGUCCCAGUCCCUGCAGUGCCUAGGCACAUACUGGCCAUACUGGUCCCAGUCCCUGCAGUGCCUAGGCGCAUACUGGCCAUACUGGUCCCAGUCCCUGCAGUGCCUAGGCGCAUACUGGCCAUACUGGUCCCAGUCCCUGCAGUGCCUACGUGCAUACUGGCCACGCUGGUCCCAGUCGCCGGGCUCUGCAGUGCCCAGCUCCACAUCGGUGACGCCAGCGCUGACCCCAGCAGUGCAGGGACGAACCCUGCACCAGUCCCCUUCGCGGCGAUGCCGAUCCCGGUGCCAGGGCGGUGCUCAGCCCCGAAAGCCGGUGCCGGUGCCGCCCGCAGCCCCUGGCCGUGCGGCAGCGGGGCGGUCCCGGGGCGGUCCCGGCCGGGCGGGGGCGGCCCGCGGGUGAUGUCAAGGCUGAUGCUGUCGGUGCGGCGCGCGGUGCAUUGUGGGCGAAUCCCGCCGCCCGCCGCGGCUCCGAGGGGGAGGAUGCGCCCGGGGCCGGCCCGCCCCACAGCCGCAGCCGCAGCGCGCCGGGCCGGCGGCUCCCUGCCCUGCCAGCCCCGUUGAGCGGCGCGGGGCAUGCGCUGCCACCGCCGCCCGCAGCGGGAGGCGCCGCCGGCGGCGGGGCCAGAUAAAUGGCUCAUUUAAAUUGGGAGCUACUAAAAUACUCUCUGGCUGGCAAAUGCAGUGCCUAGCAGCAGUCAUCAAGGACGAACCAAACAUGAGUGGAGGAGGGGAACAGGUCGACAUUCUUCCGGCCAAUUAUGUGGUCAAAGAUCGCUGGAAAGUGUUGAAGAAGAUUGGUGGUGGUGGCUUUGGGGAGAUCUAUGAGGCAAUGGAUCUGCUGACCCGUGAGAAUGUGGCCUUGAAGGUGGAAUCAGCCCAGCAGCCAAAGCAAGUUCUCAAGAUGGAAGUGGCUGUCCUGAAAAAGUUGCAAGGGAAGGAUCAUGUUUGCAGAUUUAUUGGCUGUGGAAGGAAUGAGAAAUUUAAUUAUGUGGUCAUGCAGCUCCAGGGCCGGAAUCUUGCAGAUCUCAGAAGGAGUCAGCCUCGAGGGACUUUCACUCUGAGCACAACGCUGCGAUUAGGGAAACAGAUUUUGGAAUCAAUAGAAGCCAUUCACUCGGUGGGAUUCCUGCAUCGUGACAUCAAGCCUUCCAAUUUUGCCAUGGGCCGCUUACCUUCAACCUACAGGAAGUGCUACAUGUUAGACUUUGGGCUGGCCCGUCAGUAUACCAACACUACUGGGGAAGUCCGGCCACCUCGCAACGUUGCUGGUUUUCGAGGAACGGUCCGCUACGCUUCAGUGAAUGCACACAAAAACCGAGAGAUGGGUAGACAUGAUGACCUGUGGUCCCUCUUUUAUAUGUUGGUGGAGUUUGCAGUUGGUCAGCUUCCGUGGCGAAAGAUCAAAGAUAAGGAGCAGGUUGGCAUGAUAAAAGAAAAGUAUGAACACCGAAUGCUGCUAAAACACAUGCCUUCAGAGUUCCACCUUUUUCUGGAUCAUAUUGCAAGCUUAGACUACUUCACCAAGCCAGACUAUCAGCUAAUCAUGUCCGUUUUCGAGAACAGCAUGAAAGAAAGAGGUAUCACUGAAAAUGAAGCCUUCGACUGGGAGAAGGCUGGUACAGAUAUCUUGUUGUCCACUAGCACCUCUACUCCACCGCAGCAGAACACCAGGCAAACAGCAGCCAUGUUUGGGGUUGUUAAUGUCACUCCAGUACCUGGGGACUUGCUUCGUGAGAACACUGAGGAUGUCCUACAGGGUGAACACCUGAGUGAUCAAGAGAAUGCUCCUCCCAUCCUGUCAGGCCGGCCAGCAGAAGGUCUUGGUCAGACUCCAAAUGCUGCUUUCAAUGAGGCUGAAGUUUGGGAAGAGACAGAUGUGAAUCGCAACAAACUCAGGAUCAGCAUCAGCAAAACUCAGUGCAUGGUGGAAGAGGAGCAGAGAAAUGGUGUCUGCCCCAGUUCCCCUGUCCGAGUGCCUCCGGAGUCCCCUACCACACAAGUGCGCUCCCUAAGAUACCGCCGUGUGAACAGCCCUGAGUCAGAACGCCUCUCCACUGCUGACGGCAAAGCAGAUCUACAUGAAAGAAGAUCUCGAAUGGAUUUACCUGGCUCUCCAUCACGGCUCGUAUGCUCCUCCCAGCCAGCCCAGAUGCUGUCCAUUGAUACUGGCCAGGCUGACCGGCAGGCAAGCGGUAGGAUGGAUGUGUCUGCUUCAGUGGAACAUGAAGCCCUCAGCAAUGCUUUCCGCUCAGUGCCACUCGCAGAGGAGGAGGACUUUGAUAGCAAGGAGUGGGUUAUCAUUGACAAAGAGACAGAGCUGAAGGACUUUCACCCAGGUGCUGAGCCAAGCACUUCUGGAACCACAGAUGAGGAGCCUGAGGAACUAAGACCUAUUGAAGAUGGUGAGGAGAGAAGGCGCUUGGGGGCAGAUGCUGCAGUCAGGCCGAAGACACAUGAUGGGCGAAGUCGGGGCAUGCAGCCUGUGACUGAGGAGGACAGUUCCCACAGACAUGAAGGACCUUCUCAAACAGUAUCUGACAGUAAACACGAACAGCAGACAGGAAGUCCAGCCCAUUCCCCCCUACAUUCAGCACCAGCUAUCCGACAAAGAAGACGAGAAUCUGAACCUACGGGUCCUCAGAGACAGGCCUACAUGCUGAGGUCAUUUGAAAUGAAUGGUCUGCCCAAGGCGGUGCCUUUAAGUUUGCCUUAUCAAGACUUCAGAAAAGAUUUGUCAGACUACUGGGAAAAGCCUAGGGUGUCCCAGCGGAUAAAGAAAGUUGAUUUCUCAAAUGUUGUCUUGACUGCUCCUUGCAAACCUCUGGAACCUUAUCUGGAAAUUAAUGGAAAAGAGGAGGAGGAGGAAGAUGAGGAAGAAGAGGAGGAGGAGGAAGAUGAGGAAGAGGAGGUGGAAGAGGAGGGGGAUGAGAUUGAUAUGCAGAGUGGUUCCAGCAGUGACCUGAGUCAAAAAAGCACAGAACGCAGCCAGGAGUGUGCAGCAUCCACACUCCUGGCUGAUGAUCAGAAGGGAUCCAAGGGUCGAGCAUCCACUGCUGAUGGGGACCUGGAGCUGGAGGAAGGCUCAAAGACACUAGUGCUGUUUUCACCAGGUGAUUUGAAAAAGUCUCCGGUGACCACAGACUUGGCUCCAGAAGUUGAUCUGGGCACUCUUGCUGCACUGACACCUCAGAGCGAGCGGCCGCAGCCUAUGGGUAGCCAACUGGAUGUAUCUGAGCCAGGGACUCUGUCCUCAGUCCUUAAAUCUGAACCAAAGCCUCCCGUGGCAGUGGCUACAGCUUCCUCCCCCUUUACCAAAGUUGAGCGCACAUUUGUUCAUAUUGCUGAAAAGACCCACUUAAAUGUCAUGUCUUCCAGUGGCCAGCUGAUGAGGCACGAGGAAUACUGCCCUCCAGGCCAGUUUGAGGAGGUCAUUAUCGAAGAAGAGCUGGAGGACAACCUGGUGCUGGUAGAGAAUGGAAGCAUACAUUCGGGGCUAGAAGGGGCAGAGACGGAGAGCUGUGCGCUUUCAGCUAAUCCCAUUGAAGCCACCUCAGACACAACAGGGGAGCAGCCGGCCCUUCGCAGUGGCAUAGCAAAGCCUUCUGAGGACAAGCUGGAGCUCUCUGACAAAGUGGCACUCUCACUGGAUUUGGAAGAGCCUGGCAAGCUGGUUACAAAGGAGCCUGACCUUGCAAAAUCAGCAUCAGUGGCAGAACAUCUUAAGCGAGCAGAGACUCUCCUCGACACACCGCAGCAGGGCCCCAGGAGACCUCUGGGCUCCAGGUAUCGAAGUAGGAUACCCAUCUUAUUCUCCGAGGAGGACACUGGCUCAGACCUUUCAACUUCACUCUCAGCCAAAGAGAGGUUUUAUAAAAGGGCAAAGCAACCUGACUUGGCUCGCCUAGUGAUGGAGAAGAGGCAAAACCGCCUCCUGCGGCUGGCCUCAGGAGCCUCCUCCUCAGCAUCCUCCAGUGAGGAGAGGCGACGGGCCUCAGAAACCCUGUCAGCCACUGGUUCUGAGGAGGACACCCAUGACUCCGAUGACUCCAUUCCAAGAAAGGCAGGGAAGACUAAGUUUGCCCUCCUCGGGAAAGAAGAGAGACCCAUAAGCACAAAGAGCAGAAUUCCUCGGCCCAUUACGCCAGUGAAAACACCACUAGAGGCAGCGAAGUCUGAAAGCUCCAUGGCCAUGGCAGUGCUAUGUAGCUCUCCGCAGGAUGCGGGUGUUGCCUCCAGGCUUCAGGCACAGAGAACAGCUGGAAGUGUCCCAAACGAGUGCCGAACAACACAGAUACAAAGUCGGCUUCCUUCUUCACCAAGCUCCACUUCUCUUCCUCCACGGAGCAGCUCACGGAGGUCCAGCUGUGCAUCCCCUCGAAGCCCUGUCCUUCCUUCAAGAAACCCCAGUGCUUCCCCUAGAAGCCAGCUGCCACCUCGGAAGGAAAGUCCUUCUCCCUGCCGACAGCAUAAGCCGGGGACUGCUCUGCAGCGAGUUCCUCCUUCCCCCCGACCUCAGCCCACAGCUCAGGCCCUGGGUCCGACAGGAGAUUCCCUGCCCUCUCCUGGUGUGGCCAAAAAACGACAAAGAGGAAAAACCCAGACUCAGAGUCCAGCAACCAAAGGAAAGCAGGUGUCCCUGGAAAGUAAGGCAGCUGCCAGAUAAUGAUCUUCUUUUGCCAGCCCAACGGACUGGGUAAUUUCUGCAUAUAGUAUACACUUGAGAUGCUGCAGCACAGCCUUCCAUGCUGGACCCACGAGUGUAUAGCAGUAGCUGUACUUCAAUGCUUCACUCACUCUCACCCCACACCGUCGCGAUCCGCUCCCAUGGGCCUGAAACCCUCUGAGCCACGGAGCCUUCUUCAAGGGAGACAUCCAGCCCGCAGCUCACGCUUGCUAACGCACAGCACCAAGCAGCGACCCAGGCAGCCUGCCUAGUGCCUGACCCUCCUCCCUCCCCAGGCAUUCCCUUCUCUCUGUUAGCAAUACCGGUCACCAACACCACCCCUGGCUUUGGAAAGAGGAGCAGAGGUGAUGAGAACAAGGCCUGCUGGAGUGGGAGGUUCCUGUCCUCCAGGCAGCUCCCUCCUCUCUCCUUGCUGGGAAAACGCCAGCCUUGACCACCACCAUCUAACUGAGUGUUGGCUCACCUCCUGCUACCUGUGUUAGGAAGGGAUUGUCACCAGCUCAGCCAAGAGGGAUGGAUACGUCCUUGUGUGCAGGUGGGAAUGGGAGACGGGCAGGUCUCGCUGGAUGCUCCUGCCUGCUCCAGUAUGUCCCACAGAGGAGGCCAUCUGGCACUGCUGCAGUUUCAGCAGUUGCCUGUGUAUUGGGUAUUUAGAUAGAAGUAGGGAUGCUUGCUAGGAAAUCAAGAGCACUUGCUAAUUGAUGUAGAAGGGAGCACACUUAAGCCGCUUCUGUCUCAAAUACUAAACUGUGAUCUGUGGAGACCACAUCUCCCAACAUGGGUGGUUCCAAUCGACCUGAGCAUGGUCGGUGCCACAGACCCAUAGUUCACCAAACACAGCUCCAUCCUGAAGAUGUGAAUAGUCACUGGAUGCCUUUAGCUUGGGUGCCCCUUGCACCUAAAUUCCUUGUGCUUUAUUGUCACGCUCUUGGUGUUUGUGAAUUUUGGCACGUGGUUGAAAGUUCCCCUACAUGGCAGGGUGGGAAAUUAUUAUCUUGUAGUAUACUCAAAAGCUGCUGCUUUGCGAGGAGAAGUAAGCUGACACGUGGUGGGUACCUUGGGCAUUUCUACCUGAGAGCAGAGCGGGUUGAGUUGCAGAGGUCGGGUCUGUGUCUUUCUCGGUGCUCAGCUCACACGUUGAAUGAGAACUAACAAUGUGAACAUAAAAGCCAGGGCUGUGCUCUUCAAGUAAUAGUAUCAAAGCAGAAGCUUAGUGCUCAGCUAGAAGUAAAUCAACCAACAUUUUAGCCCCUAGAUUAAUUAGUAAAUUUUGAAAGUUAAAGCCAGGAGGACUGAUACCUGUCUGAGUUUGAUGAGAUCUUCCAAGUAUUCACAAAAUGUUCCCUGCAUCGCACAGGAGGAAAUGCUCCGGACCCAAAUACUUUGGGCUUCACACAAUUGUCAUGCCUGAAAAAAGUUUUGCAUGAGACGGAACAAAAAUACAGCUGCUCUGUACACCCAUUCCCACAGCUGCAACUGCUGCUGUUAUAUGUGUCUUCAAAUAUUAUACUUAACUAUAAUAUUUGCAGACAAAAAAAGCUUGAUAGAGGAAUCGGGACUGUAGUAAACUUGAUUUAUUUGAACAUAGAUACAAACAGUCACGCUGGUGGCCAUCGAGUUCAAGGAAUCCUGAAGUUGUUCACAUCUUCAGGAACUGUUCUGGAAGCGAGUGUGAGAGCUGUGACAGGGUAGGUGGGAGAACAGAGUAUUCCUUGGACAUUUGAACAGGGAAAUGUCUAGAAAUAGGUGACAGGAAUUACCUCCUUAUAAGACAGUCUCAGUGUUGGCAAUGCUAAGAAUUUUUUUGAUCUAGCUCAAAGUGUUUGCUGUUUUCCAUUGAUGCCUCUCACCCUGGUAUAGAGUAAGAAGCACAGCUUCUAGUCUGAAAAUGUGCCCUCAGCUUUGCAGAGGAGCAUUGGGAACUCCAGGGUCAGGUUGUGGUUUGAUGGACUGAGCUGAUGAUGCCACCAAAAGGCAGUGAUGCCUCCAAGUUCCAGCUGCUUUUUUUGCACUGUCACUCACCCUUAUAUUGGGGCAGCUAUUUGACGUGUCCAGAGGAGAGCAACAAGGCUGGUGAAGGGUCUGGAGCACAGUGGUUAUUAGGAGUGGCUGAGAGAAUUGGGAUUGUUUAACCUGGAGAAAAGGAAGCUGAGGGGAGACCUCGUUGCUCUGCAUACCUCCCUGAAAGAAGGCUGUAGCGAGGUGGGUGUUGGUCUCUUCUCCCACAUAACAAGUGAUGGGAUGAGAAGAAAUGGCCUCAAGUUGCACCAGAGAGGUUUAGAUUGGAUAUUAGGAAAAACGUUUUUACUGGAAGAGUGGUGAAGCAUUGGAACAGGCUGCUCGGGGGAGUGGUGGAGUCUCCAUCCCUGGAGGUGUUCAAAAACUAUGUAGAUGUGAUGCUUUGGGACAUGGUUUAGUGGGCAUGUCGGUAUUGUGUUGAUGGCUUGACUUGAUUUUUUUGGACGUCUUUUCCAACCUUAAUGAUUCCAUGAUUUUGUUAAUUGGCUGGAAAUGGUGAUCCAGCAUGAUACCAAGUGCUCUGGUUUGCUGGUUGAGUUUUCAUCUGGUUCAGUUCAUCAGUCUGGUUCAGCACUGGUCACACCAAAGACGUGGGGGGAGGAGAGGACAAGAGACUGUGCCUGCAUCGUCUGGUGGCACUAUAACUUCAUGUGAGUUUGAAGUGUGGGUCAAACUGCCACUUAAAUAUUCCCUGCAUGUUUAGAAACUAGAAAACAGAAUAGUCCCAAACACAGAUUCUUUCCAGAAAUGUAAAUUAUAAUGGCUCUCCUAUUGAUUUGUUGGGGACUGUUCAUUUUAGAGUGCUCAGAUGGUAAGCGUUUGUCAUGGAGCCUUUACCAGAUGCUUCAUCAAGGUCUUAGAUGCUCAUGCCAAAAAUUACAUUGAAAGAGCUUGGCAAGAGGGCUACAGGACUAUUAACAGGGUUAGCAAACCUGCCUUACCACGAGAGGUCGAUAAAGCACAAUCAAUGUAUUUGUUCAAGAGAAAGUUUAAAGGAGAGUUUUCCAUGCCACUGUUAUACCCAUGUAAGAAAGGAAGCUCCAGGGCAGAGAUCUUCCAUCUGGCACAGGAAAGCAGGGAAGACAGAGCAGCUGAGAAUGGCAGAUGAAGACAUCAGAAGGCUUUUAGUUAUGAAGCACCUGUCCAGUGAAAUCUUUCACAGGAAUGUGGGGACUUGCUUUUAUUAAAAGGUUUUAUGAGAAACCUAGCUGUCUUCUAUGAAGUCUUCCUGCCAUGACUCAACCACAAGUACCAGGCAGGAUGCUGAGGACACCGAUGAAUCAUCUCUCUUUGUGGUGCAGUAUUUUCCCAGUCCUGCCGAACACAUGCCAAAGCUGUCACACAUUGGAGAGCCACCAGACAGGUCCCACAGAUUUCAGAAAGCCAGUGAAAGAUUUCCAGCGUGGAAAAUGACAGCCGUUCCCAGUGUUGUUUGACAGGGCUGGGCUGAAGGAACAGCUGGAUUCACAGAGAUCUGGGACUAGCAUGAGUGGUCUUUCGUCAUGGUUGUGCUAGCAGUCUCCCUGCCCCAGUACAACCCUGCUUCCGAGCUGUCCCUGGCACAGAGGGGAGCAGGAGAGUGCUUCAACAGCAUGGUGCACCCUGGGUCAUUUUGGAUGAGGGUGGGCUGUGGCAUCAGGUGCCAGAAAGCUGGCUGACCCCAGUGAUGCUUUCUCCCCAGAGAGCCUGUGCAGGCGCGGUCACUGAAAGGUUUCUAAAGGUCGUUCCUGCAAGACCUGACUGUCCGAAUGUAUCUCACAAGUUUGGGUCUCUAAACCUGCUUCCUUUCCCAGUGAAAAGUGAUGCUGUAAUCUUGGCUGGAUAUCACAUAAACUCUUCCCUGCCUUCACUGAAGUUAUUAUUCCAGGAGUUUCAGUGCCAGACUCUUCCGGUCGAGUGGCUAUCAAAAAUUUCAUAGCAAGAGGUGGUCCUCAGAACCAGGUUUUGCUAGUAGAGCUGGUCACAGGGUGCUGCCCAGCCCAAGCAAGAUUAUAAGCCCAUUAGUAGCCCACGUGCUGCAGGAGGUAAUGCCCUAGUCCCUAUUUCAAGUGUCAGCAGAGGAACUUGGGAAAGCCCCUGUCAUGUGGUGCUACUCUUGAUCUCCUCCUUGACUCUGAUUUUCAAAGUUCUGUCCCUUCAAUUGAUCAGUGGUGAGUGUGACCCCAGCGUAUUCCUGUCACUGGGUUGCUGAGCACACUCUGAUUGCAGAGGUUCCCAUUCCUGUUGUGUGUCUCUCUGAAGGGAUUUUCUGGCAGGCAGGUGGACCAAGAGUGAUGUUCUCUGCUAGUGCUACUGUGAAAGGGACAACAGCUCCUCUGAGUCCUCUCAUCCUCUCUUCCUCUGCCCUGCAGGGGUAGGGCUGGAAGAGCACCUGCCGUAACUGGAGCAAACGCAGGAGAUCAUGUCUGUGGGUAGGAGAGCCCAAGGCCUGGGAUAUUAGGGAGAAGUUAGGUUGUUGAGUGAUGCCACAUGAUCCAGUUCUAGGAACACAGGCCAUGGUGGGCUGUCCCAUCCCAGAAAGGCAUGAAAUGCCAAAUCUUGCAGUUCUCUGCCACGAAAGAGAGCAUGCAAGCUCUGUCAGGCCUUGAGGACACACAAGGCUGCUCAAACACUGCGAUGUGUGUGGCUGCAUCCUUGCUUCACUCCAGAGAAGAGAAGAUUGAGGAGAAGAUCAAGCUGACCAGAGCAGAGGAAAUGGCUAGGAAGAAUAAAGAAAACUUUUGGGGGUCAAGGGAGGAGAAAGCAGGCUUCCCAGCACUUUCCCAUAUUUGUGGGAAUUUCUGGGAGCACCCUGAUGCUUCAUGGUUUCCCGUCAGUGUACGCUGCAGGGUCUGUCCUGGUCAGACGCAGAUGGUUGUGCCCAUGGGUGUUUUGAGGGGACUCAUGGGCCAAGCUGUCAUCAUGCCUGUGUCUGUGCGUGGGUGGUAGGAACGGAUAGGACUUGCUAUGAGGUGCAUGCUGUGGUGUCUGGGGAGGGAGCAGGGGGAGGAACGUAAGUGUCUGUGGGAGUGCCUGGUAUCAUAAGAUAAAACAAACGCUCUGCUGAGAGUCUUUGCUUUGCUGGGGUCUGUGAAGGUCCUGCCUGCUUUCUUAUCUGCCAGCUGAGAAGGUGGCACACUGGCUGGUAAAAACGAGUCGGUGGCUGCUGUCUAGCCAGGAGGUUUUGCAAAGAAGCAGGGAUACGGCAGGGAUGUGCUAAGUGACAAAUCUGAAGUUCAGACACUUCUCAGUGCUAAGCCAGUGCGAGGAGAGGUUAUGUGAGCAGAGAGAGCAAAAGGACUGAUGGCGCCAGACUAAUGCCAUGGAGGGGCUUGAACACAUGGAUGGAGCUGCUUCACUGAUUCAUCUGGUUGGCAGCACAAACACUUCUGCUUGUUUUGGUGUUUCAGUAACAGACCUCUCUGAGUCAGUUGUGCUUGGAAUCUAUGAGAGGCAGGAGACUUUGCUUGCCUUUUCUAAGUAAAGAAUAUUAUAAAAUAUAUAUUAUUAUAACAAUACAAUAUUAGUAGUGCCCAUUAUAUAUAGUGGCUAAAGGUUGAAAAGGAUCCUGCUACCUUCAAAGAAGUGCCCUGAUGCUAUGUGACUUCUGAUGUGUGCAGGACUAACUGCUGCGUGCAGUGGAUGUGGAUGGAGGAACAGGGUAUGACUCUACCAAAGUGCAUGUAGGCUAUGAGGCUCUGCUCACCUGAGCAUGAACCAGGAGCAAAACACACCAGCCUGGAUAGUUGGCAGCCAUCGUGAUUGCCAUCAGAUUUGUAGUAACUGCUGGACUGCCAUACAUCUUUGCGUGGCAUGGAUCAGAGGCUGGAGAAUCCCUGCUAACAUAGCUGCCCCUCACUAAUAACAAGCCUCAUUCACUAGUGAAACACUUUGAUCCAAAGCAAGUUGGUUUGGGGCAAGAAAACCUUUGAUGUUAUUCCUUUCCAACACAGAUGUACUUUCUCAAUAUAGAUCCCCUGUAAGAAGAGGGCUAAGUAUCUAUUGAUAGCCUGACCAGCACCAGUAGCAGCUUAAUGAUCCCUUAGCACACUUUUUUCUUCUCUGGAUAGUGUGCUGACCCAUGGCAUGAUCCCACCACUAUUCUUUGUGCACAGACACUGAUGCCUAUCUAAGGCUUUGUCCCACACAUCAAUCAACUGCUGUUAAAUUAACCUUGUGAACACAGUAAAAGUCCUGUUGUGGACAUGAGUUUGGUUUCCAAUUAAUUUUUUCUGGCUCAACUGAAACGUACCCCUGAUCCACCUAGGCUUGUUUCACAAAGUACAUGGGGACCACUCGAGAGUUUGCAACCACCUUUGAUUCUAUCUGUUUUCCACCUACUCCAACAGCUGUGCACAAGGGAGAGAGCUUGGGCUUCUGGUCAGGCCCUUUUUUCUUGUGGUGUGUGGCAUACUACUGACAUAGGGUGGAUGCCCAAGGUCCUCUGCAGAACCCUGGAUGCUUCUUUUGCUCUUCUUCAGCCUGUUGCUGUGCUCUGAGGGGCUGGGACCAUGCUGAUAGUAGCAGCAGAGCCAGCUGAUGUUAAGACAGGUUGGCAGCAUCUCUGUGAGCGUUGGGGUUUCUGUCUUUGCAAGGCCAGAGAACAGCCUUGGUUGCAGGCUGUGGUGAGUCGUGAUGCUGAGCACAGCCAGGAUCCCACGAAAUGACAGCAAUUUGUACUCCAUAACACUCUUGUCCUCUCAUUCCUAAGGUACCUCCUCUAGCAAACCUUGUCUUCAAAGUCACUGUGUACUCCCUGCAGGUCAGUUCCUCUUUGGCUGGGGCCUUGAAGCAAAGCUUGAAGAAGACUUGGCCAUCAGCCUACACAGCAGACCCUGCACCAUGCAGGCUGGUGCUCCAGGUUAUAAGAAGGAAUAUUAUUCCUUUUAUUUCUGGAGCUGCACAUGUCUGAAAAGCAGGUUUGACUUAUGCAUUGAUGUCCUCUGUGCUAAAAGGAGGAAGGGAGCUACCACAGCAAAUCCAGUUGUUGGUUACCAGUAGGGACCAAGGUGAGAACUCCUCCUGUUCUUAGUUCUAAACCAGAGGGGGCUGCAGGAGUGGGAUCUCAGCUUUGGUAAGGGUACUGCUGGGCUGGUAUCAGCAUGGGGCAUGCCAGUAGCUGCUCUGCCUCUGGCGUGCCUUGUAUUUCCUCUGCCCUGAGUGUAGGGAGGUCUGACACAGGGUCACUGGAGGAGGCAAGGGCUGACAUUUACUCAGCACUUCGAUGAGGCAGAGGCUCCUGUACCAUCACCUGCAAGAUGGUGUGAUGAGCUCUGCAGAACGUGGGGGUUUAUGUGAGGAGUCCAGGCAUAACAGUGAAAACCAGUGUCAGCAUCACUGCUGUGCUAUGGGACCUGAGCUGCUUCUUCUCUGGACAGGAAUUGAAGCUGGAAACACAGAUAAUUUUGUAUAUCUCCUUUUCACACAAUAGCAUGUGACUCUACACUCAGACAUUUUAUCUGACACACCAACGCUGUUUUCCUUUGCCUCUGGCACAGUCUGACAAAGUCUUUUGGCCUGGAGGCAGGACUUCCACUCCUCGGAAAUGUGACUGGGUCCCAAGGCUAAAUCUCUCUACAUAUCUUCUUUGCAUUCUUUAGGAAAGCAGCUGGAGAAUGUUUACACACUGCAAACAGAAUGUACAAUUCCGACCGAGGAACCACAAUCCGGUUCAACUGCAUGGCAACUUUCUUGGCCAUAAAAAUCUGGCAUGCAUCACAGAAGCCCUGUCUGUGUACAGAUCCACCUGGCAUUUGUCAUAACUACAGAUCACAUCUUAAAAAAAAUAAAUGAUGAUGCCAUUUCUUGUUCAUAUCAGACACAGUUGUCAUUAGGUUUGUUAUUACAAGGGGAUUCUUGAUCAUGCCAUUAAA